CUCAUUCGUUCGUUGGCACAGACCGCGGCACCAUGUCCGAAUCGCGUGAGUGAACCACAGUGGUUUCGCCGACAAUUUUACGAUUUAAUACACAUAUAAACGCACGCGCAUAUUCACAUGUAUACACAAUUUUAAACAUUUCCGGUUGUUCCCGACAGUGUUUGCUUAAGAUUUUUAUAUUUUAUAUCGUCUCCGUGCGGUUUGUUUGUCGUAUGUAUUUUGUUUAAAUUUUAUAUCAUUUUAAAUCCCUUUAACUGUUUUUGAAUUUAAUUUGUUUUUCUUAUUGUGCGUAAGUUUAAUAUGUUGUGAACUCUGUACGAAAUGUUCGGCGUGUCGCAGGAUUACGAGCUCGUUGUUUACUCGAUCGUCGUAGUGUCAGUUUAGAUUUUGGAUUUAUUGUGGAAUUUAUAAACCCGUUAUAAUGGCUACGAAGCGCAAGAAGCUCUUGCCCGCCAGAACUCUGGCCCUGUUGCUGGCCAGCUUAUUUGUUUUUGACUGUUUAGCUUUAAGUGAAGGUGAUAUAUUGCUCAAUGAAAAAGAUAAAAAUCUAGAAAGGAUCAAAAGGGAUGGUGAUGUGACUGUCCUGUUGCUGGACGACAAUGGAAAGAAAAAGACGUCCCCAACACUUGGAUUAUUGUCUUCAAUGGCACGAACAUUCGUCCAGGACGGUGUUACUACUGAAUAUGCAACUCACGUUAUUGGAACCACCGUUGGUGAUCGUUAUGCACAUAUAGUUAGUACUGGUUCUCGGGUGUUUUAUGACAAUAUUAAACCAACGAACCGACAUGAUACCCCCGAAAUUAACUUGCAAACAAUAUUAGAUAACCUAGGACAACCACAGGUAUUCGAGAAUACUAAAGAAGAAGAAACAAAUUUAAUAAAAGGAAGAAAACUUGAAUUUUCAACAACUCCAGAGCCGAUUGACAAAUCAAAUGUAUCUGUUAGACAGGAAAUAUCAGUUCGAAAGCAUUUUACUCCAGAUAUUAUUAAACCAGCAAAGGUAAAUGCAAAAAAUGGUUUACCAACCUUCACAGUAAAAAAUAAUGACGAAGAUUAUUUACCUGCAGUGGAACUUACAACCAAACGUGAAGACUCAUUUCGAAAUAAAUUAAGAUCAUCAAAAAAUUUAUUUAGAAAUGGGCUCAAACCAGUAGAAAUAAAAAAAUACGAAACCGUUACGUAUUUCGGAUUUGCAGAUUUUAUGACAACAGUUGGCAAUACAGUUAUAAUAUUUAUGCCCAAAACUCCAACAAUACCGGAAGCCACAGGUAUAACGAGUAUUAAAGGUGAAGCAACCCUUCGACCGGAAGAUAUAAUAAGUCCAACAAAAUCUGUAACAUCAUAUUCCACUAAAACGUUAGAACCUACUACAGAGAAAGCCGAAUAUAGUAGUAUGAUAGAGUCCAGUAUUGCAACAACAGAAGAGACAAUGGCCUUACCAACAGAACCACUAUCCCGUCGCAUUUCAGAAACUACAAGAGUCUUUAACAAUGAACAAGAAGCAUUAGGAUUAUUGAAAACAAUUGGAGGUGUAGAUGUUAUUGAUAGUAAGACCACUAGACUAACUACUUUCUUUUAUGGUACGUACAUUAAUGGUAAAUAUACACAGCUGGAACAAACUGUAUCAACGUUACUAUCAAAACCAUCACAAACAACUAAGCCAUCUAAAAUUGAAAUACCAAUGACAACAUUUCCCACUACAACUGAGUCUCAGGUGACGACAGAAAAAAAUAUAAAUGAAAUGACAACUGAAUCUGAAGAAGAGAUUUCCACAACUCCAGAAGAAGAAACUGUAUCACCUUCUUCGUCAUCUGAAGACAUAUUGUAUAAGACGUAUACAUAUUUAACAACUUUCUUUAUACCUGUAGAUGACACCUUAACUACAACAUCAGUAAAGUCAAGGGUUGUACUAUCACCAGAACCCACUCAAGUGACUGAAAAUACAAUGACUCAAAUGAUUACAACUACAACUGAAAAUAUUCCUACUACUACUCCUACUCCCGAAGAAGACGAUAUUAAAACUACGACGGAAGAGAUGACAAUUACAACUGAAAAAGAGUCUGAAGAUAAAGACAUUUCUGAAUUAACAACUAUUUUAAUGAAAGAGGAAGUAACAACAGAAAAACCUAUUAUUAAAGACUCUAUUGAUGAAAUGGUGACUGAAAUGGGUUCUACAACAAUGAAACCUGUAGAAAUAGAAGAAGAAAAAGAAAAAGAAAAAGAAAAAGAAAAAGAAAAAGAAAAAGAAAAAGAAGAAGAAGAAGAAGAAGUAGAAUUGUUAUUUAAAACAUUAUACACAACUUACACGUACUUAACAACAUUUUUCCAAGAAUCAACUACUAGUGUUUUAAGUAGAGAAGAAGUUGUCACAAAUAUUAUUACAUCUACUUUAGAAAAAGAUUUUCUGGCAACAGAUCCCGCAGUAGCUGGCCUUUUUGACCGAGAAGAAGGUAGCAUUCUGAGUACAAUGGUACAAGAAACAGCAAGAAGUCCUAGAGUAUUAGCUACACGUGUCGGUUCAGGAAGACCUUCGUCUGCUUUUUUGCAUAAGCCAGAUGAUGAUUUAUUUGCUUCUACUUUAGAUUCAGUAGAUUUCAAAAGAGAGUUAGCCACACCUCCAUUGGAUGAUAGUAUUGGCAAAACAUUUUCAAAAACAUAUACAUACUUUAAAAAACUUUCGUCAGACGGAUCAACUAAUCUUAAAAGUCACACCGAAGUAUAUACUAAUGUAAUUAAGCCAUCAAAUAUUCCAUUUUCUCAACUCAUUCAACCUACAGAAGUGAAAAAUAAAAUAAAAUCUUCAUUAUUUAAAGUGCCAAAUACAACGCCAGAACUAAUGGAUGAUCCAAAAGUUGUAAAUGAAGAAAUGAAAAAAGAAAUAGAAACAAAAGUAGAUAAAAACAAUGAAACAUUGAUUACACCAUCUUAUAAAUAUGAUAUGACAAUAACUAGAAACCGCACUAAUUACAACAUUAUUGAUGAUGAAAAAGCAUUGAAUGACGUAAUUGGAGAAUCGGUUAUUACAGAUACAAAGUCAAUCUCAUCAAAUAAUAUUAAACGAAAAGUUUCGACUGAUGAAGAUGAAGAUAUGGAAAGUUCUGAAACGAAUGAGAAUAUUGAAUCAUCUCCAACACACCAAUUACAAACUAGUUUCACUACGUAUACAUAUUUUACAACAAUUUAUAAAGGAAGUUCUUCUAGUGAAGUUGUAAGUCGAUUUGAAACUAUAACCAAUGUUGCUCCUCCAAUGGUUGAACCAACAGAAGUAGAUACAUUAAACAGUGAAGAAACUACAUUGCCAGUAACUUUUUUCACUACUUAUACGUAUUGGACAACGCUUUAUAAAGAUGGCAGUACAUUAGUAACUAGUCGAGAAGAUACUUCAACCAAUAUUGUAUCAUCUUCUGUUUCUGAUAGUAUUUUAAUAACACCCACGAUAAAACCAUCGUCAAUGACUAAAUUAAUAGCCACUGAAAAACUGAGUCCAACCACACCUACAACAUUCUUUACGACAUUCACUUAUUUUACAACAUCUUAUCUUGACAAUGAGACUGUAGUUAAUAGUAGAUUGGAGACUGUAACAAAUAUAUUGAAUGCAACUGAACCUGAAGUGAAUAUGAACAAAGAUGAUGUUGAAGGGGAAAAUAGUGUUAUUAAAACCACACCAGGAAUUCCAUUAAAUAAGAAUAUACCAAUUACAGUUUUAAAACCCACAGGAUCAUUAUCAUCACUUACAACGCUUAAAGUUAACAAUGGAGAAACCACAUUAUUUUCCACAGAUGUCUAUGGUACUUACAUUGAUGGAUUAUAUGUUCAAAUACUCGAAAGUACGUCAAAUAUUAUUAAAAAUACAACACCAAGUGAUGUAAAACCCAAUGGUAAAAGUACUGGAAUUGUGGCUUUAAAUGAAGGUAAAAUUAUUGAUGCCGAUGGAGUAAGUACUACGUUUUAUACAACAAAAGCACUUGGUACUUACAUUGACCAACUUUAUGCUCAAGUUAUAGAAAGUACAUCGUCAAUCAAGGUUAACGAUAAAAAAAAGAAUGGAGAACCUUCUACAACAGUUCUAGGGGCUAAGACAUACCGUACUGGUUUAAUAAGUAUAAUAGAAGGUACUAGUGUAAAGGAUAUCAGUACAACUUACUACGAAACCAAAGUAAUAGGAAAAGUUAUUGAUGGAAAAUAUACACAAGAAUUUGAAAGUGAUUCUAAAGUUAAAAUAGGAGUUCAGCCAACUGCGGUUCAAGAAAUGAAAGCAUCUUCUACCCAACUUAAUGAAAUCUUUCAAAGUGAAAUUCCAAUAUCGCCAUCACCUGCAACAAUUGAAAGUUCACAGGGUGAAAAUGGAUCUACGACAGAAAAAAGUGAUGAAUCCGAUGAUGAAAACUCGCCUAAAAAGAAAACAUUCCCCGUAAUUAGACCAUUUGCAUCGAGGCCGAGGCCAACUUUUCAACCAAAAAAGAAAUCUACCGAUAGUUUGGGCGCUGCUACAAUAAAUAGGAGUAUAACACCAACUAUAGUUGCAACUCCGGCAUUAAAAACAAAUGAAAAGGGUUUAGGACCUUCAAGCAGAAACCGAUUUUCUGGUGUCAGAAAAUCCAGUACAUUACCAGUAUCUGAAAUAACGCCAUCAUCAUCGAAUAGUCGAAAAUAUUCUAGGUCUAAGAGUGUUAAUACACCAAUAAUAUCUACCUCGGUUAAUUUUAAAAGUAGAACACCUUCAUCGACAUUGAAAAUAUCACCAACAUCUUCUGCGUCUAGUUUUGGUGGUUCUAGAAGAAGCAGUUUGAGCCAAAGACAAACAAGUUCAAAACUACCAGAAUCCUCAAUCAAAAAUUCAACACCAUCACGUUUUAGAAUACGUCCAACAGUAUCAUCCAGUUAUAAUCGAUUUUCAAGCACCUUAACAACAAGUACUGAAGAAGUACCAGAUAACAAUGAGGUGAGCACAUCAUUAGUUGAUGAAACUUUAUUAAUUUCUAAUAACGAGGAAGACGAAAGUGUUACUGUGCCAUCUACAACAACAACAGAGUCAUCAAGAAGAGGAAAUAAUCCAUUAUUAAAACUUCGACGACCCCCAUUACCAAAAACUUCAAUAACAACACAGCCUCCAAGACGAAAUUCGGCAAGAACAACAGUAAGAACCACGACAAGUACAACUACUACUACACCUAGACCUCAGAGACCAAAAACACCUAGUCCUUUAAUUACACGUAAUAGACCAAAACCGGUCAAUGGAUUAUUUCCAUCUAGAGGUUUUGGUAAAAAGGAACAGGAACAAGAAGUAACGAGUGAAUCAAAUUUCGACGAAGAGAAAUUACAGCAAGAAGUAAGACCUGACGAAGAUUUUGAUGACAAUAUAGAUAGUGCUAUUACACAAGUUGAAACACAAUCUAAUGCAGUAUCAGAAACUGAGAGACCAUCAAGAGGAAGUCGAACUUUCAAUAAUAACCAAGUUCAAAUCAGGCCCUUUAAUAGUAGAAAAAGCAGAACAAAAAGACAAAUAGAGUUUGGAAAUAAAAAUGAUAAUAGCAGAAGCUAUAGAAGUAGACAACCUGUUAAAAAUACGGCUGUGGAUUAUUAUUAUGAAGAUGAAUAUGUGGAACAAGAAACUCCUGCACCAAUAAGGACACCUCCGCCAACAAAAAGACAGCCAAGUCGAUCUAGACAACAACAUCAACAACAGCAACAGCAACAACAAAGAUUAACACCCACCACAUCUUCUUCUAACGUUGGACGAUCACAAUUUACUUUACGCGAAAAGACUCAAACAACACCAGCUCCAGCACCUACAUCAAGAACAUCGAAUUUCAGAAGAACACGACCGCCUGUACAACAAGAAACAACUACUACGUCCAAAAGGUUAUCUAGAUUAAGAUAUCCAACUACGACGCCAGAACCAGUACGAAACAAUCGUCGUUAUACACCUUCGGUUCGUAGACAAAACACUCGAUCAAGAUUUAGAGAAGAUGUGAAUACAUUUUCUAAUACUCAAACUAUUUUCGAUGGAUCGAUCACAGUUACACAUAAGAUACCAACAGAAUUAACAAUACCUAUAAUUAUUGGAAAAAACACGGAAUACAAACAAGUUUUGACGGCAAAGCCUAGUAUUGAAAUACUUGGACCUCAUCAAUAUAGUACUGUAGCAGGUAAAAAUGGAUAUCCGACAAUUCAACUUAUUAGAGAAGUUACUGAAACAUUACUAAAUGGAGCAACCGAAAUAACAAAAUUUGUUAUUUUCGAACAACCAACAAGUAGUAUAACGUUUACUCCCACUUAUAUAAGAGGAAGAAAGACGUCUUAUUCUCAUAUAAUUCCAAGUACCAUAUAUGAAGUUAAACCUGAAGUAAGCACAAUUCAGCCACAACAAUUAGCUAAUGCACCAUUAGCAAAUUUAUUGUUGUCACAACUGCUAUUGGGUAAUUUAGGAAUUCAGCCCACAGUAAACCCGUUAUUAGCAUUAAAUUCUGUUAUGGCUACACCUCAAUUACCGACAACCGAAUUUAAAACGAAAAGUACGACUUAUGUGACUACAGUUACCGAUUCUACAUCAACAGUAUUGCCAAUAACUUUUAGAGGAAAAGUCAUAUCUACAACAGUAAUUGACAGUUCUACAAAUGUUAUUACAGCGACUGAAUAUAUAACUGAAACAAUAGUUACUACUCCUACAGUCCAACAAACCAAUAACCAAUUAAAUACAUUAUUAUUACCUGCAUUACUUCAGGCUCAAUUACUAGGACAAGUCACUACAUCGAAUAAUUUGAUUGGUAGUAUUGAUUCUACACAAGAAGAACUUCAUCAAGAAUUAAUUGAACCAACUUCAAAGUAUGAAGAUUCUUUAUCAAAAGAUGAAACUAAACCAUCGAAAAAAAAAAGUGUUACCAAAAAACCACCAGACCCCGCUAUACAACCCGCGGAAGCAAGUGUUGUGACAUUAUAUGUAUCGGGUAAAAGGCCAGGAGAAUUUAGUACGGUUUUGUCAACUGUAAAUUAUGAUGAAACAGCAACUGUUCGAAAACGUGAAGUAGAACCUUCAUCGGUAAUGGAUAUGAUUGCGACUGAAUUUGACGAUGUCCUUUUAUCAUCUACUGACGAUGAUCAAAUCCAAAGAUAUAACGAAGAAGAAACUCAAAGCUUAGAAAGUAUAUUAGGUGAUGUGAGUAAAAAUGUAAAAAUUGAAAACCGUGCUACAAAAGUGAAUGUAGUACUUGUUGAGCCAUCUUCUCAGCAAAACCAAGAAACUACCGGUCAUUUUUUAUUGAAAGGCUCCGCUGAUACUCCAGUUCAGCGGGAAGUCGUAAAAUCCAAAAUCUGGAGUUCACAAAAUCGAACAAAAAGAAACGCGCCUAAUUUUCCACCUACUAAGGACGUAUUUCUGUUUGAUUUUCCAAAAAUACCAAAAAAAUAUUUAACCCAAAGCAUUUUGUACAAUGUUGGUGAUAGGGAAAACUCUUCUUUUACUUUAUCAAAAAUUCCACAAGAAUUUAAUAUUGACGGCAAAGUUGAUGAGCAAAGGGCAUUUGACGAAAGGCGUUUUAAUUUUGCAACAAAAAAAAUGAGUAAUGGCGUUGAAGUAAUCGUUGCUGGAGAUAAAAGUACAUAUCCCGGCCAAGCUAAUGUACUAAGGGUAUUACCUACAUCACAAGCUAAACCCAUCACACUUGCUCCAAGCACAUUAACUGAUCACAUGUUAAUGAUGCUACCUCACCCCAUCAAACAAAGCAUGAAUAACCAAUUUGUUACCAAAACUUAUCUAACCACAUACACAUAUUUAACUACAUUUCUAGACGGAGAAGCUACUGUAGUAUCUAGUCGAGAAAAAGUAGUAUCUAAUGUUGUAACAGAUGAAGUAAAUAAAAUAACUCCUACUUCAACUCUUAGUCAAGUUACAUUAACAGCCAGUCCAAGUCUAGAAACAGGCAUCUACCACACAACAUAUACAUAUUUAAAUACUAUUGUUGAUGGUGAUAUCCCACUAGUAAUGACAAGUCGAAAAACUGUGGCUAACACAGUUACAGCUCCUCAUGAGUUUCUAACUCCAUUACAACCAUCUGAACCUGCUUAUCAUAACACUAACACAUAUCUAAACACAGUUUCUUUCACUAAAACUUUGAGUGAUGGACCAGAUUAUACUGUUGUAAGUACAGAAGAUAUAUUAACGCAAGUCAUAAUAACUCAGACAGACAAUACACCAUCAAUUGAUACAUCUAAAUUAAAAGAAGAAAGUACAACGACAGAUGUAACUAAAACUUAUUAUGUUACUUAUACAUAUUUCAAUACAAUUCAAGAUGGAGAUCACACUACUGUAAAAUCAGAUAUUUCUGUAUCUUCCGAUAUAGUAACAGAAAAAUAUCUAAUACCAACUAAAAUUGAUGAAAUACAGCCUACGCCUACGGUUGAUAAAUUACCGUUUCAUUUGUAUGCAACUAAAACUUAUCAAACAACUUUCACUUAUUUUACAACACUAUUGAAGGAUAAUGAUGGUAAAAAUCCAUCAAUUACACAAGUUAAGUCAAGAACUAAAAUUGUUCAGAAUAUAGUAACUGAAUCAUUAAACACAUCGAUAUUUAAUGCAAAUUAUUUAUCUUCUAUAAGUUCUUCUGUACAAAAUGAAAAAAUACCUAUAACUGCCACUGCUACUUUAGAUAAUGGUCAACGAAUAGAAUUUACAGCAAUGAAUGAUUUAUUGCCUACUGAACAAAGUGAAAUAAGCACAACUCAUAAUAUUCAAACUCAAGAAACACAAAAACCAAUUAUUAAUGAAAACAUUUAUAAACCAAUUGAAAAAAUUAAGGAAACAAUCAAACCAUCAAGUGUUAGUAAAAUUUCACAAAAGACUGAAAUCCAAAAGCCUCCAAAAAAAAGCACUCCACCAAAAUCGGAACAAAAAAUUCCAAUAAAUUCAGUUAAUCCUGUUAAACCAGAUAACAAUGAUGUUGGAGGACUAAUUGAUUUUGGCACAAUAGGGAGUAGCUUAACAGCUCUUAAGCCGGUUAUCAGUGCUGUUGCAGGUAUAAUUCAAAAUAAUUUAAAAAAUGAUCAAAAAACUAAGAAUGUUCACGUACUGCAAAAAUCAACACCAAAACCAGUAAAACAAGAAACAACAAGUCGAGCUCCAAUAUAUAUACCAGUUGGCGGGCUAGCAGAUUCAGAUGGAUCGGAGAGCCAACAAUAUCCAGACACUGAUCAAAGACACCCACAUGUUGGACCAGCAAGACCACCUGUUGAGGCGUCUUUAUUAUCUGGAGGAAUUCCUAUUAGUCCUGGUGAAGUGAUUACGACAAAUAGUGAUGUCAUUAUUGGUAAGCCUUCAGUUUUAGGUCCAAGACCUCCUUUGGAAAAUUUAAAGAAUGAAGAAAUACCUUAUGGUAUGAGACCUCCAAUGGAAAAUUUAAAAAAAGAAGAAAUACCUUAUGGUAUGAGACCUCCAAUGGAAAAUUUAAAAAAAGAAGAAAUCCCUUUUGGUAUGAGACCUCCACCUCCUCCUAAUCCUUUACAGUUCAAAGACAAAAUAUCAGUUCCUAAUAAUAUUGCAAGAGAACAUAUGAAACACCCUCUACCACAUACUGAUAGAAAAAAUACUCAACCUGUUCGAUAUCAUGAAAACAGAGUACAAGCUCAAUAUCAGCUAACUAAUGCACCAAUUAAAUCAGAAGUUAAUAUUAUACCACUUAGGAAGCCAGAUCCUUGGCCAACAAAGUUCGUAACUGAUGUUCAACCAUUAGUUUUGACAAAUCCAAAUAUCCAAACACAAGUUAACUAUGGAAACCAACAUUUAAUUACAUCAAAUCAACCAUCAUUUUUAGAACAAUCUGCUGUUGAUCCAUUGUUAGUAAAUAUACAACCAUCUCAGGUUGCUCAGGUUGUAAUUCCACAUGGUAGCCAAACUGCAUUAAUAUACAGCGACCAACCAGCAACUGGCCAUGGUCCAAAAGGAGAAAUUUUUAAUGACCCUCAACCAUAUCCAGAAAAUCAUGUAAAUCCAGGUUUCGUGGGAUUAGAAAUUUAUGGUACAUUAAAUCCAACGAAUAAUGUUGCAUCAAAAAUACCAGCAAAUGCAAUGCACAUUGAUAUUCCCGUUUCUCCAGCAGGUAUAACUGUGGGUGAUUCAGAAUCACAUCAUGUAGUUUUAUAUGAUAACGAAACAGGGGAAGUUAAGACAAGACCCGUUCAUGUUUUGAAACCACAAAACCCAAAUAAUCAAUAUCUAACUCCCCCGACUAUCUCACAAGUUAACUCAUUUAUAAGGCGACCCGACGCUGCAUUGUCAGUUGAAGAUGAUUUAUUACAAUUUGAAGAUGGUGAAGUAACUCAAGAAUCUAAAAAAACACCUUUAAGGCCUGGAGAACUACCAUUUGGAGUACAUAGUAGUGAGUCAGAUGAAGAUAGAACUCCGAUAAUUACUGGAAAACCUAUUGUUGGUAAUUUUAAAGGCGAAGAACAAACUUUAUCAAUCGGUCAACCUGUAAGUAUCAAAGAACCAACAGAGUUAAAACCGGGAAAUUUUGUAGUGCCUAACGAAAAUCGUCCUGAUCUACAGUAUAACAUUCAACAUUCUAACGAACAAACUGUAAAUAAUAUAACAAAACCAAAUAAACAUGUAAUUAAUCUUCCUCCGAGAGAUGAUAUUCAACAAGCAAUGAAUAUGGAUGAAAAAUUGCCACCUUUGCCAACAAUUAAACAUGAUAGUAAUGAUUUAGACAGCCAAGGAAGUACACCCCAACCUUCUAUUGUGAAACCUAAUCGUGACAAUGAAGUUUUAGGCUUAUCUCCUCCUCCAGUUAUUACACAUUCAUUAAAAUAUGAUAAUGCCACACAAAGGCCCCAAGUAUCCAGAAGACCUUAUCGCCCUAAGCCAAAACCUUCAACCGCUCCUCCAUACCAAUUUGAAAGACCUCCGAAUAGAAGACCAUCAAUACCACAUAAAAAUCAAGAAGAAAUGGUCCUGAAACCGUUGUCUACUACUGCUAAAAUUGAACCUGUUCAAAAAUGGGAAGCUUCACUAAAUUUAAGACCUGAAUAUAGACCAUCGCAUAAAGAAGAAAAACCUGAAAUAAUAAAAGCCGAAAGUAAAGUUUACAGCCAAGGUUCGAGUAUAAAAUCACAGUUACAAGAAAAAACUAAAGAUAAUACGGUUAUAUUUAGCGAUCCUGUAACACAUGUUAUACCUACCAUUAUCACUCAAGAUACGACUAAAUGGUUUGAAUAUAGUCCUAUUUCAAGUACAGAAAGUAAAAUAGAAACAGUGCAAUCCACAACAGAAACUCCAGCAUUGACUUCAACUAUUGGGACUAUUGAAACUAUAAAAUCGCAUACAACACCGAGUAAACCAACAAGUAAGACGACUGACUAUCACAGUGUUAUAAGUGUUAUUGUCAAGAACGAAGAAAAGCUAGAAGAUAAAUCUAAUGAAAACAUAAUUGAAAACCCAACAACGCCCAAACAAAAAACGCAAAUGAGACCCCAAGUAACAAUUUUACAACUUCCAGAAAGACCAUCAUUCAUGGACGAAUUUCACAAGCAAUUACAUCAAGGCUCAUCACUUCCGACGAGAUUUGUCACCCAUACACAAACAUUGUCAGUAACUAUAACAGAAACAACAGUUUUACAAAGUGAUGGUUUUGAACCUUCUACUCAUACACUUGUUCUUACUAAAACCCAAACAUCAACAUUAGUAGACACAGUAACUGAAUUUCAUACAUUGGUGAAACCAACGCAAGUCUUGUCUACAAUUACAACUACAGUUCCAGUACCAAUUCGCUCUGACCCAGUUCUUCAAGCGCCAAUUGUAGAAGGAACAAAAACCAAAACAAUAAAAAUACCUCAAGAUGAAAAUGAAACAUUAUUGGUAGUUAUGACAGAUAAAAAAGGAGGAAAUAACGGAAUACCACCAGAAAUACAAGUCCCCGACGAAACAAAUGAAAUAGGACCAAGUGAUGUGUUAUUAAGUGGCAUUCUAACUCAUUCUUCAGACACUGAAUGUCGACCUGAAUGUAAAGCAUCUAAAAAUGAAAUAUGUCAACGAGUAGAAAAUAUAAUGCGAUGCGUCUGUAGACCAGGUUUUGCAAGAAUGUUUAUGGACAGACCUUGUAAACCUACUUAUACAUAUACAAUGAAGUUAGUAUUAGAUAAAUUCCGUAAAGAUCCCAUCAAAUAUUCUACACAACUAGUUGAUCCUAGUUCAAAUCAAUAUCAGAAAUUGGCAGAAGCCACUAAAGAAGGAUUGAAUCGUAUGUCAAUGCAGUCAGAUCUAAGAGAUAUUUAUCAUGGUGUAAUAGUUGGAGGUUUUGAACCAGAUAAAAAUAGCGACAAAGCAGUCGUUUCAUAUAUAAUACAACUAUCUGAAAAUGCAGAAGACGUUAAAUUAUGGGAAGCAACAAAAAAAUCACUCAGAGCUACAAAUUAUAGUUUAGGAGGAACUGAUGUAUUUGCCGCACGAGACCAGUUACAACAAUUAUCAGCAGAAGAUUUUGACGAAUGUAGCGAUUCAAAAUUCCAUGACUGUUCAGAUAAUGCAAAAUGUUUUAAUUUACAUGGAACGUAUACAUGUAGCUGCAAAGAUGGAUUUUCUGACCUAUCACAUAACACCCAAUUUCCAGGCAGAGUUUGUUCUUCCGAACUUAUUGGAUGCGACUUAUGCAAUUAUCAUGGAACUUGUUAUUUAAGUAAUCAAGAUGAAACGAUUUGUGAAUGUUUCCAAUGGUAUGCUGGUAAACAUUGUCAGUUUAAUCUAAAAGUUUUAUUGUUGGGACUGAUUGCCAUUGGAGUGAUGUUACUAUCACUUCUUAUUGCAUGUUUGUUAAUGGCUUGUUGUAAAAAGCAAUCCAGAGAGUCUGGCAUGGGUCUUUACCAACCUCAGCGUCCAGUUAUAGGUUUUAGACGUUAUAGAAAUAUGAUAGCCACGACAAGAGGUGACAAAAGAGCAAUGAUUAGUGUCGAUACAGGUAGUGAAACAAGCGUUGACCAUACACCUCCUCCAUAUGUUAAACAAGUUGUAAACAUGCAGAGACAAACGCACGCACACGUCCACUCCCAAAUGAAAGCUCCGUCUCCAUCUAGUCACGGAGGCAGCACCAUGCGAAGUGGAUUAGAACAACGAGAUAGAAGUCUUACGGUAAUGAUUCCGAGGGCCAAAUAUCGGCCAGCUCCUCAACAAGCGCCACCAUCCAUAUUGACUAUGUCAACUUUUGGACCGGAACAAAAAGCUAUGUCGUAUAUGGACUCAAGACAAACUCCGACAAAAGGUUCAAGAUGUAGUAGUAGAAAACCUAGUGAUUCAACACAGAGAUCUGUUGAAAUUCAACCGCCUCAACGUAAGAAACAUGCUGCUCCAAGAAAACCAUCAACAGGUGCACUAGUGUCUGCUGGGUUCGAAGUCUCAGCUACAGUUGUAAAAACGAAAGAGCUAGACGAAGCAUAUGUGUGUCGUGAAGACGACAAACCAGAUUUUAAUACCGGCAGAACCACAGCCGCUAGAACUGUGUCUGUAGCAAGAUCAUUCGAUGAGACAACAAUUCAGCCACCAACUAGAUGCUAUCAUCCAGAAAGCCAUUAUGAAUCGAAAUCACAGUAUUCUCAUAAAACGAAUGACGAGGGUCAUACGAUGGUUGAACGAGACUUGGGCUCCACGUAUCUAAUGCCUCAGUCAAAACUAUAUAAGCCUGACAAUAGAGGUAGUGACACAUCGAAUUUCGACUCUCUGUGACGGAAUUGAUCAAUAAUUACCCGCUCAUGCCAUAUAUAAUAUUAUUAACAGUGAUGUGAAUAUUCCAUUAAAAAGGAUUCGUGUCAAUUUCGAAGGAUUGGUUAUCUCAAGAAUUUGUUAAACGCUAAUUUUAUACACAUAGUAAUAUCAUAUAUUAUAUAUAUUUAAAAUAAAUGUUUCAGAUAAUCAUCUUAUGUUAUACCUAUUAUGUUGUACAGCUUCCAAUACUCUGUACUUUUAAUUUAUUACUGUAUAAUGAUGUUAUAUUAUAAUGUCCUAAAACAAUAUUAAUAUUAGUCUAUAAUAUAUGUUAUUCUAUAUAAUAUAAAUGAUACACAAUGCCAUAUAAAUAGGUAAUUUUGUUAUUAGUUUAAUUGUAUAUUAUAUUAUUAAAUUUUUUAUGCUUAAAAAUAUUGAUACUGAAGUUCAUUUGUUAUGAGAUAUUCUCUUUUCUUGUGAUUAGGUACCUUGUUAUGGAUCAAUCAUAAUGAAACGACAAUACCUCUUUUUAUAAUUGUAUUUAAAAUGUUUUAAUGUCUUUGGCAAAGUAAUGAUUAAUGGUGUUUCGUUGAAUUGAUGACAUAGUUUUUAAAUUGUAGUUAAAAUUAGUUCUUAAGGAUACCAAGCCUUAUUUGUGCCAAAAAAAUAUUGUCAUCUUUCGAAAUUACAUUAACAGAUUUUGUGUACUUAAA